UUUUAUGUAAACAGGAUUUUUAGAAUGAAGUAUUUUCUUGAAAAGAAAUAAUUUGUAUAAAAAAGACAUUUUAAGAAAAAAGAUAUUUCAUGUAAAAAGUAAUACUGCCACAAGGUGGCCUGCUAGUCAUAUGACUAUAGUAACCAGUGGUACGCUUAACUGGGGGAAACAAGAGGGGGAGGAGAGGUCAUCCCAAUAGUUUGCAAAAAGAGGAAAUUGCAUGAUUUUGAAAGACAAAUAUGUCAAUUUUAAUAUUGUUGUAAAUGUAUAAGAAAAAUUUUAAAGUGUUUAGAUUUUAUAACAACGAAAAACAGAUAAUUAGAAAUUCGCUGGAGAAGGAUUACGAACAUUGUGCCUUGCCAACAAAGAGUUAGAUGAAGAACUUUUUGAGAUGUGGAGGACAAAAUUACAUGAAGCAUCAACAUCUUUAGAAGAUCGAGAAGAUAAAAUCAAUGCAGUAUAUGAAGAAAUAGAAAUGGGACUUAACUUGAUUGGCGCCACAGCCAUAGAAGACAAAUUACAAGAUGGAGUGCCACAAGCCAUUGCUAAUCUGGCUUUGGCAGAUAUUAAAAUCUGGGUACUCACCGGUGAUAAACAGGAAACGGCAAUCAACAUUGGCUAUUCUUGUCAGCUGUUGACUGAUGAAAUGGUUGAUAUAUUUAUUGUUGAUGGUGAAGAAUACGAAGAAGUUCAGAAACAAUUACGCACAUUUCGAGAAAACAUUGCUAAUGUCUUAAGUCACUCUAAGGGUGCACCCGAAUGCAGUGUUGUCACCUUUCAAGACGAUUUUGAUUCACCGAACGAUAAUGGUACUGGUGGAUUUUCCCUCGUUGUGAAUGGUCACAGUUUGACCCAUGCACUUGAUUCUUCCAUGGAGCUUCUAUUUUUAGAAGUUGCUUCGUGUUGCAAAGCAGUAAUUUGCUGUAGAGUCACACCGUUACAAAAAGCAUUAGUAGUGGAACUGGUCAAAAAGCACAAGAAAGCUGUAACUCUGGCAAUCGGUGAUGGUGCAAAUGACGUUAGUAUGAUAAAAGCUGCUCACAUUGGAGUCGGAAUAAGUGGACAGGAAGGUAUGCAAGCUGUGUUAGCUAGCGAUUUUUCCUUAGCUCAGUUUCGUUUUCUGGAACGCUUGCUCUUGGUUCACGGUCGAUGGUCUUAUUUCCGAAUGAGUAAAUUUCUUCGUUACUUCUUUUACAAAAACUUUGCCUUUACUUUAUGUCAUUUCUGGUUUGCAUUCUUUUGUGGAUUUUCUGCACAGACAGUCUACGAUCCUGCAUUCAUUUCAUUCUAUAAUGUGUUUUAUACAUCGUUACCUGUUUUAGCGCUAGGAAUCUUUGAUCAGGACGUGAAUGACAAAAAUUCUCUAAGGUAUCCAAAACUAUAUGCCCCAGGACAUUUAAACUUAUUAUUUAAUAAGAUGGAGUUUCUGAAGAGUGUAGCACAUGGGAUAAUCACAUCAUUUAUCUUAUUUUUUAUUCCUUAUGGAGCAUUUAAGAAUUCUGUUGAUCCACACGGAAUCAAUCUGGAUGAUCAUCAGCUGUUUGGAACUGUUGUAUCUGCUAUCCUCGUAUUUGUAGUUACGGCCCAGAUAGCUCUAGACACUGCCUAUUGGACUGUAUUUAAUCAUAUCGUCAUUUGGGGGAGUGUUGCGUUUUAUUUCGCCAUGACUUUGUUCAUUAACAGUGAUUUCAUUGGAAAUUCGUACAUGGGUGCUUUUCGCCUUACACUUAGCUCGUCGCUGUUCUGGUUUACCACGUUUUUGACACUGGUCAUACUGCUGUUGCCGGUAGUCAUUGUCCGCUUCUACUAUGUCAACGUGCACCCCACGCUGUCGGAUCGCUUGCGACUGAAACAGAGACGCACCCGCUUGCGAUCGAGGCCGUCGGAACCGCAGAUGCGCAUAGCCAGCGUUCGUCGAGCCAGCAGAAGAUCCAUUAGAUCUGGAUAUGCUUUUGCCCACCAAGAAGGUUUCGGCAGGCUCAUCACUAGCGGAAAAAUCAUGAAAAAGAGUAAGUCAGGCGCUUUCUCUAACAGUCUACAUCCACCCAUGGUAAAUCCAACUGUCUGGGGUCCUCGAAGAGCACCCAAAGACAGUACCUCUCCUAUUGAAGUGUGAUAAGUUCUUGCACUCCUCAGUUUGUGACAAACACAGUGUACACUGCCGUGCAAGUGUUUAUCGGGUCCAAUAUUUAGAAAAUUCUAUGCAAAUUGAAUAUUUCAAGAUUCUAAAUUAAUUUCUAUUUUUUGUCUAUGGCAGAAUGUAAUAUUUCAAUGGCUUUAGAUCAUGCUGUCUUACAUAAAAAGUCAUUGGAGUGAAUUUACCCAAAGAUAAGAAGCGAACAAUUCUAGAUAAGUUAUUUAUCUGUAUAUAAAUGUAUACAUAAUUAUUUGUAAAUAGCUCUGCGUCUCACCAAAUCGUCCACGUAACAGUACAAUCAUUGUCAGGUAAGUUGCGAGGUGUUUGUGUAUUUACUUCAUUGUGUUUUAGCAAGAAACCAGAGUAUAAUUAUGUUCUAUACAUGUUUAGAUUUGUACAUAAAACUCCUAAAUUGCAUUUUGUAAUCAAAUGAGAGCAGUAGAUACUGAUUCUCUCGCGAUAGCGAUAUCGUUCAGUCGACAUUCAAACUUUUUAUAAGGCAUAAUAGAUUUAGUAUCGAGGCUUCCAGGAGCAGACAUAAAUAUAAACAUAUCAAAAAUCGAGUUUCUGUCGCGAGGACCAUUCUCGACUAUAAAGUCAUGUACAAGUACUGUACAUAGUUACAAACUGUGUCGUAAAUAUUAUGACGAUGACAUAAUUAGCAUAAUAAUAAUUUUUCAUAAGAAAAGAUGGAUAAUUAUGCUGCUGUAAAUAUAAUUUAUUAUAGUGUGUAGUAAAUUUAUUCCUAGGAUAUCGUGUAGUUUCAUUAUGAAAGUUACCUUGUUACCGAUUUUCUCAAAACUAUCUCGUACAUAAAAGGAAAAACCAAAUGUGCUAUUUGUUUGUAUUGUUUGCAUAAAAAUAAGAGAAAUAUUUGUAUUCUUCUAGUAAUUUUUAAACCUGUUAUUGUUGCGAAAACGUCCUUUCUUGUCUUUGAAACAAAAAAAAUAGUCUUUACAAAAUACAAAAUGAUGCUUGUAAAUUUGAUUUUUGCAUGAACUCGAAAAAAAUGUAAAAACUUUCUUGUAUAUAUAUAUUAUUAAUUAAAAAUGUUUUGACAUGGAAAUUCAUAUUCUCCAUCGUUGUGUCAGAAUGUAUGAUAAAUAUAAAUUGGUUAGUUCUAUUUAUUGUUGAAAAGAAUUAUCUGUUGACAGAUCAUGUCUGGAAUAGCUGCGGUAAUGCGCCAUCUGGGUAACAGCUAAAGUAACUACUACUAUGCAACGGCAGUAUAUAAUUAUGGAUGCUUUAUUAUGUUGUGAUGUGUGACGAAGUUUUUACUACAAAGAAAAAUUUUUAUGCACAUUUAAGAAAUGUAUAUCAAUUACAGCUUUACAUUUGAUCAUUAUUAUUGUUAAUUAUAUGUUAAAAAAACUGGUGCCUAGAUGUCUACAGUUUUCUUAUUUUGUCACUCAUUUUAACGAAUAUGAUUGCUCAUGUUAAUAAGUUAGGGCUCGCUCACUUUAUAUGACUGCUAAUUUAUAAGUAGUAUAAAAGAGCAAUUCUCAACUUUUUUUGGCCUGCGGACUGGUAAAAUUUGUGAAAAAAAUUUCACACACCAGGUGGUUUUUUAACAAAGAACUUUU